GCUUCAUCACUCUCAAAGCAAAACACUCUUCACUUCUCUGUCCUUCGGGCCUGGUCAAAUUGCGCGCAAUGGGGAUUGUGUUGGAGCCAAUUUAAGUCGCAAUCGAAGCUGUAACGUCUCGAUUUUAACUUCGAGACAACAAUGUCGAGUUCCUCGGACGAAGACGAUGAAUUAGAUGCCGCCAAGUUAGCAGCACUUCGUAGUGUUGCCAUCGAUUCUUCAGCCGUAAUUCAAAAUGCCUCUGCUCCCGUGCCGUCGCUUCGGAAGUCGGCGAACUCCGGGAAUGCUUCUGUGAAUAGCGCAACCGAUUCGCGAGGAUCGGAGGAGGACGGCAAGGAUUCGUCCGGGUUGAAGCUCUAUCAAACUCGGUUGCAAGAUCUGUUGUACAAACACCUGGAUAAAAAGUUUGGGGCCACUACUGGUGACGUUUCUGUCACGAAUGCAAAACCCUCACAACCUCCAAGUGGAGACAGUAUCGUGGACGAAGGUGGUAGGAUCGGGGGCAUUCGUCUCUUUCGUCGAGCACCUCCAGGGAUUGUCAUACAGAAGCGUGAAGAAAUCGUGCCGAGCCUAGGAGUUAAACCUAAUCUGCGACCAAGUCUGACGUUAGACGAGGACUCAGAAGAGCAUCUGGUUCGUUUGAGAGCUACAGUUGUCGACACCGAAACCGUAGAAGAGCAAGGCAAACGGUGGAGAGAAAAAUCACUAGCAUCAGCUAAAGCUUUGCAAGAGAAGGCGGGACUGGCCAAAAAGAAAGAGGAAGAAAGAGUUGCUCAGCUAAAGCGGGAAAGGGGUGAAGAAUGGCUGCCAAGCAUUGCUGCUCAAAUUGCAAAGGAAGCCGCAAAGGAACCUAAGGUGCCAAAAGUGGAUCCUGCAACCCUUUCAGAGGCAGAUGGUGCGAAUUCUGAAGUACCUCAAAAGAAGAAGAAGAAGAGAAAGAGUAAGGCCUCACGGAAACAACUCGGAGUAGUUGUAGACUGACAGUGUCCGAACAUUUACUUGAUGCUCGAAGUAGUUGAGGAUGGGUUGCCAAAAUUGUUAAUUUCCUGCAAACGUAUCGUGUUUUCAAUCCUGCAUGAAGAUCUAAAAUCAUCCGCGUGUUGUGUGGACAAAGGAACCCCAAGUCACGGAAUAUCUUUAGAAGCUGUGAACCAUUUUUGCAACUGUGUGAUUGCAUCCACUUAUGUCAGCUCCAUCUUCGGUGUCAUGGUUGGCCGAUUUUGGUGGAUAUGUUGAUACUACAUUGUAAUUUUCCAAUCACUCUAAAUUUGCA